UUGUGCCAAGCGAGGAAGCUGAAUCGAUAUUUGAAAAAAUGUGGGAAUUCUUUUUAAGAGAGACAGACGUGCAAGAAAAAAAAAGAUUGUUAAUAAGAUUAGCAGCUAUUAGAAACAAAGAUAUUCUCAAUAAAUAUCUCCUAAAGAUACAAGAUGAGAAAGUCGUUCGUAGGCAAGAUUUUUUUGAAGUCAUCAGUAAUAUCGCUGUAAAUCCAAUAGGUCUGGAUAUAGUCUGGGACUUUUUUAGAAAUCAUUGGGAAAAUUUAAUCGAGAAAUUUGCAUUAAACGAUCACGCUGUGGACGCAGCUAUCGGAGCAGCUAUCUCUUUAUUCAAAGACGAAGAAAAAUUGAAGGAGCUGAUAGAGAAAUGCGUGUGGUCCAUAGCUAAGAUGUUGCUAGCAAUAUUGAUCAGGAGAUUUAUGAAUAGAAGGGGAUUUGAUCGGAGUAACGGUAUGUAUCACAACCUUGGACAGAAACAAUUAUCUGUUGCUGUCAGCUCCAAAAAACAAAAAAUGAAGAAACUUACGCAACAAGAGAGGGAUGUACUCCUGAAUCCAUUGUUAAAAACUGGAUGGUCUCUUCAAACAGAACGAGAUGCUAUUUAUAAAGAAUUUGUAUUUAAAAAUUUCAACGAAGCUUUUGGAUUUAUGACACGGAUAGCUCUACAAUCAGAAAAAAUGAAUCAUCAUGCUGAAUGGUUUAAUGUUUACAAUAAAGUAAAUAUGACCUUAUCUACUCAUGACAUUAAUGGAUUAUCCCAAAAGGAUAUCGAUUUGGCAACAUUCGUUGAAAAUGUUGUGAAAGGUUACAAUAAUUAAAUUAUUUUAAGAUUGAUGCCCUAAUAUAAUCACUGCAUCAAGAACCAAACAGAAAUAUAUCUCAGUUGUAAUGAUAUUUUUAAAAGAUUAUUCCAUAUAAAAAAAAAAAAUGUUAAAAUAUUUAUUAUUUUUUAUUAUGAUUAAAUAAUAAAGUUUGUUUAUGCAGUUA